CUAGUUGAAGUUGUUAAAGGUUCUACUAAGGAGAAGGUUGUAAGGGUCGUCAUCUAGACUUUCAGAAACUUGCUUUCGAAGGGGGCAUUUGGUGCUCAAAUGUUGGAUCUUGGAUUACUACAACUUGUCCUCAGCCUAAAAGCUCAAUCCUGGAAUGAUGAGGACUUGCUGGAAGCAUUGAAUCAGCUAGAAGAAGGACUUAAAGAUAACAUCAAAAGAUUGAGUUCCUUUGAUAAAUACAAGCAAGAAGUCGUUCUUGGUCAGCUAGACUGGUCUCCUAUGCACAAGAAUCCUGGAUUUUUGAAGGAUAAUAUUACAAAUUUUGAAGAAAAUGAUUUGCAGAUCCCACGUGUUCUUCUCACAAUCCUUGAUAUAUUCAAUGAUCCAACAGCACUAGCUGUUGCCUGUUAUGAUCUGUGCCAGUUCAUUCAAUUCCACCCUGCUGGUCGCAACAUUGUCCCAGAUCUGAAGGCUAAGGAACGUGUUAUAAAGCUAAUGAACCAUGAAAAUGCUGAAGUGACAAAGAAUGCGGCAAAACAGGGCACAGUGCACUUAACUGCUGGCACAAGUAUACUCAAAAGUAUGCUCCGGCACCAGCACCGAAAGCCCUGCUAG